UGUGGAUGAGUUCGCGCGCAAGAGCAUCCAUUCUGCAUCCCGUCAGCGCUCCGGUGAGACUGAGGAAGAGAGCCAUGCAAAGGACGCUAUAAGAAAGAGUGUGGAGCGACUUUUCAUGAAGACAGCACGAAUACAAGAGCGCGACAGGAGCCAAAGACGAGGACUGAGCACUUUUUUAUAAGCUGACAGAAGACAGCAACAAAUCUUCAUCAUUUGGACUUUACAGAAGAUUGAACAGACCUGGAAUCUGGAUUUGCGUUAGUAAGGCUGUGUUCCUGUGACUGCUGAUCAGCCAUGAUCCUGAACGCCUCUGAUCUGGGUCUGGAUGAGUCCUCAGGUGCUGAACCCUUCUUCCCCCUGGACCUGCUGGAUAGGUCCCCCAAAUAUGAAGUCCCCCCUCUCACAGUGUGGGGGGUGGCCCUGUGUGUUUCAGGAACUCUCAUCGCAGCUGAAAAUGCAAUAGUAGUCACAACCAUCUUGGCCACCCCGUCUCUCCGCGCCCCGGUUUUCCUGCUGCUGGCGAGCCUUGGACUGGCCGACCUCCUGGCGGGGGUUGCUCUGAUCCUGCACUUCCUCUUCCUGUUCUGUGUGAAGCCCAGCGAUUGGUCAGAACUGCUGACCUCUGGACUCCUGGUGACAUCACUCACUGCCUCACUCUGUAGCCUAAUGGGUGUAGCUCUGGACCGAUACCUGUCUUUAAGCCACGCCCUCACCUAUGGUUCAAGCCAAUCACGACACAGAGCUGCCAUCCUGCUGCUGAUUGUCUGGGUGGGGGCUUGUGCCAUCGGGGCGGGGCCUGCGAUGGGGUGGCACUGCCUAGGAGAGCCAAAUUCCUGUUCUGUAGCAAGACCUUUGACCAGGACGUACCUAUCGCUGCUGUGCGGUGGCUUCCUGGUGGUCGUCAUGAUAACUCUACAAUUGUACGCCGGGAUCUGUCGUGUGGCGAGGCGGCAUGCCCACGCCAUCGCCACCCAGAGGCAUUUCCUCCCUGCAAACCAAUCAUAUGCAAGCAAAAACAGCAGUGGUAGAGGCUUCUCUCGGCUGAUCCUGGUGCUCAGCGUGUUUGUGGGCUGCUGGAUGCCUUUCUCGCUCUGGGGGCUCCUGGGAGAUGCCUCCAGCCCUCCUCUGUACACCUAUGCCACCUUGGUUCCAGCAGCGGGGAGCUCGCUGCUGAACCCAAUCCUCUACAGUCUGAGACACAAAGACAUCCGUAAGGUGCUGCUGCAGGCCUGCUGCCCCCACAGAUACACUCACAAUACACACAUCCACUACCCCGUGGAUGUGUAGACUGCCAAACCUCGCCAAGCCAACACACACGAUCUAUGCCAGACAUAUCACUGUUGGUGUGCCAAGAUAGAAACAUCGCUGCAUUGACUCUCAUCCAGGUCCAGAACAUGAAGUCCCACACUCACACUCCCACACGCGUGAGCAGCAAUUCUCCAAGAGAUGAAGGCCUCCUGCGAAUCAGAACGCCCUGAAUCGUCUUGGCAGGCGGCCAUCUUUGGACUGAGUCAAAACGUACUGUCUUGUUUAUACUUUGUGCCUCAUCAGCCAAUUGUAGAUCCACUGGAUCCCCAAACUGAAACAAUCACAGGGACACUUCAUGAAUCACCGCUCUCUAAGAGUGGAUUUAAUGACCAGUGGCACUUUAACAUGAGAGGAAAGGAUGUUUUUAAUGUAAACCUGUCACAGUUUAAUGAUGUGUGUGAUCCAAAGCCCAAUUUUAUUGACUUGAAUCUCUAGAAAACACAAUGUUCUAGACCCUUGAGAUUCUAUUUUGCACAUGCUAUUGAAGACACUUUGAAAGUUACUGACCGUAUGUUCAUGUUGCACAGCCUUUUUUGAAAUGAAUGAAUAUUUUAUACAGAUGAAUAAUAAAUAUGCUUUUUUUCUACUGGGCGACGUCAGCACUUUUUCUCUGCAACCAAAGCUUUUAGUGUCUUUCUCUUACUCUUUAACUCAAUUAGGUACAGACGGCUGUUUUUCUAUUCUGGUGCUCUGAAUUAUUUGGUGGUUAAGCAGCCUUCAAUGUGGUAAUCAUGCACCCACUGCGUCCUUUUCAAAAACCCAUCCUUAGCAUGAGGAGACACUGGUUAUGCAAGAGGUUUUUCUCACAAUCCUACUCAUUUACUGAACUUUCAUCUAUUCAAGUCUUUCUCACAGUCAGGACUCUGAGCAGGUCUGCAGCACUGUCAUAAAAGAGGAUGAGUCAUGGUUAAAGCAUGAGAAGUCUAAUGCCAAGGCCUGACAUUUUCAGGGACUUCAUUAUUUAACAUCACAGAAACGAGCUCUACAAAAGGUCACUGCAUUCACUGUCUUUAUUGAAUUUAAUAUAAUCAUUUGGAAAUUCAAGGCAGGAGAGACAGAAUGUUGGCUAAGCAUGCUGUGAUUGUGUUUUCACAAAGGCACAUACAAAAUAAAAGGCACUUGAAAAUAAUGUGGUCCACACUAGGGAUGAAACAGUAUCAAAAUGUAACGGUUUGGUAAUAUCGUGGUAUCAAAAAAGCCAAAAAACAACAUAUAAAGACUUGAAAAAAGUGACUUUGGCAUUUGUCAAACAAUUGCACUCUGGAUAUUAGAAUAUGUGCAAAAAAGUGCCGUAGGUAUGCACUGGACUGAAAAUAGCUGUAGGUUUUUGGUGAUAUAAUCACCAAUACACAUUGUGAGCCCUCAUGCUGUUGUAGGGAAGUGGGAUUGUGAAGAGUCUGUUUCCUUGAGAGUCUUUGGCCUGGCCAGAUUCUGCUCCUUACAUCUGCAAACCUUCUCAGGGGUGAGGACUUGUGACACCUCAUGUUACUUGUAUUCCCUAUCAAGGGUGUCAGUCUGGCAGUGUCAGAUUUAAGUAGUUCAGGCAGGCCAUGGAGUCAAGCACUGCCAUAACUGAGAUCAGCUGAUCUCAUGCAAGCCCUCAUCCGCUGACAGCCAGCUGAUUUGCGCUAAGCCUGCUAUUGGCUAAUCGGUUUCAUGCUGCCACAUUUAAACUGCUCUUACCUGGCUAUGCUCUGCUGCUCUCUCUGCAAGCUGCUCUUGCAACCCUCCUCUACCCCAGCUCCUCCUUCAUUCUGCUUCUGACUUAAUCAGUGCCAAUUCCACCCUUUUGGCUGCCUCUCUCCCUGCCUCAGGCUUUCCUUGUAGGCAGGAAUGUGUGCUGUUCCUGCUUUCCAUGAAGGCUUGUGGAAGGGCAGGGGAUCCCAGAACAGUCAGACUGCCAAACAUACAUAACAGUAUAAGUGCCAAUUAAUAACUGCUUAAAAGAGAAAAUUCAUAAACCACAAAGUGGUCCUGACUGAAUCUCACCCAGUUCCCCUCGUAGGAUCCACCAUUUGCAUGUGACAUGCACUGGGGUUGCAUCUUGCAGUUAUAUGACUGCUGCCAUCUGCUGGCUUUUUUGUUAACUGCAGCACAAAAGGAUGUCUGAUAUAAAACUGCUGUCAAAGCAUAUACGACGUAUUGAUUCUGUAAAAUCUAUAUAGAUAUGUGUAUCAGCAAGGUGUGUGUGAUGAUACACUGCCAUAUCGAUCUUUUGAGCACAGGCUCAUGAUAACUGUAGUUCCCACUUCCCUUCACUCUUCACCUUCUAAAAAAACUCAACUUUUCACCCUGAGGACCUAUCAUUUGAAACCAUCAAGUCUGUGACGGUAUUGAGACUCUUCCGUCACCAUGAUACCGUGAAAUUAAAGAUACUGUUACAUCUCUAGUCCACACUAAACAUCAGUCACUUCCACAUUUGACUCCUGAAUGGCAGCUGUUAAUAUUCAUGGAAGACCAGGUAAAACAAACCUUCACUGACACUGAAAUGCAGUACAAAAAAGGCACUUAUCAUGCAGGUAAAGGCAAAAAUCUGCCUGAUUAGACAAAGCACAGUGGCUAAAGCACUAGUUUAUCCCACAAAGAGGAGCAACAAAAAUACAAAAACAAAUGAAAUACAAAAUAGAGCUGAGACCCAGAGAAAAAGAAUCAGGAUAUUUGUUGUUGUUGUCUGCAUAUGUUUCGGUAUGAUCUCACCAAACACCCCAGGUGUCUGCAAUGAGCCAGUAUCACACUAAAUUAUUCAUUCAUUAAUUUGUUAAAAAGCUAUGACAAUAUCUCAUCCACAAGUCAAUUGUUCCCAUGACAACUGAAUAAUAAGUAAAGAAAGAGUGAUUAAAAAA